AUGUCGGUAAAAGAAGAUUCGGUUGUGGACGUUCCAUUACCACCUACACCCGAAAUGAACCACUGGGCAAAAGCCGAGCCGGCACCAGCUGUUUAUCAAGCCGAACCGGUGGUAACAUCGUAUCAGGGCCAGCCAAGUGCAUACCCAGUUCAGACUAAUGUUUCUGUUGCUUAUACUCAAGGUACUCAACCCAGUGGAUUUGACACUCAAGCCGGACAAAAUAUGUACCAAGCACAAGCCGGUAUGCCAACUGGUUAUCAGACUUCGGCAGAUGGAUCGACAUAUCAAGGACAGUACGCUUAUCAAGCCGCCGUACAAGCCGCAGCAAUGCCGGGUAUGGACAUGAAUAAAAGGGUAAGUUUUUAUGAAUUGUUGUAUCUUUCUUUAGGUAAAUCUUUCUGAUGUCAAAGAGAUGUUACUUUUCGAUGUUUCAAUGUUAAGGUGGCUUAAGUUGAACUGGAUUUUAUGUUGCUUUUGUUAAAAAGUUUAUCUUAUACUCGGUUGUGGACAGUAAGAUGCAUUUUAUUGCUUGGUCUUGCUGCUUUUUAUGGUUUUUUGUUAACGAAUGAUUUUAAAACUUACAAAGGGGAAUAUUUUUUGCUACCUUAAGUAAAAAAUGAACUGAUUAGGGUUUAUUUUCAAUUCAAUUUAUGUUAAACUGUUUGAUAUACUUUGGUGGGAAGUUAAGCUUAAUUUUAAACAUAUUUUGGUGUUCUUUAUGCGAGUGAUAGUUUUUUUUCUAUGGUAGUAAUAUAUAGGAUAAUGUUUUCUUAAUUGUCUGAAAUUAAGGGUUAGGAUUUUAAAGUGUGCUUCAUGUUAGUUUGAUUGAAAACAUUAUGUUAUACCUCCUUGAAAGGUUUAAUAUAAUUUUUUUAAAAAUUUAUUGUGGUUUUCCUUUUAUUUUUUAAAAAUAGUUGGGGAUGAUAAUGUAGUUCAUUUUCAUUUCUUCUUGGUUUAUUUAGUUUUGAUUUUUCAUAGUUAAUAAACUUGUGUUACAGUUCCAGGGCUAUCCAACAGAGUGUCCUUACAAAUUACCGCCAUUUGGACAUUUUGUUGCUGAUCCAUCAGAGACAAUAGCCAAGUUGGAAAAUGAAAUAUAUUAUAUUCAACAGAAUUACCUCCCAAUGCCUGAAGCUAAUCGGCUAUUACAAGAAGGUAGUUUUUUAAUUUUUUAGAAAGGAAAGGUUUUUGCACUUUGCAACUUUUAAUUUAUAAGUUUUUCUGACCUCUAACCAAAUUAGCCCAAUCACUUUUUAGCUCAUAUGUUUAAUUUUAGAGCACAAAAGGCUGUCAGGAACUUGGAAUCCGUUCUGGUUGGACUUUAGCAAUCGCCGGAUUCCAUAUAUUCGCCUUGAACAAAAAAUAUUUUUGCCAGAGCCUAGGAAAGGUGUAAGUUUUUGGACGGGGUUUUUAUUGUUUGUAAAGCACUGUAUUAUGUUUUCAAGCUAUUUCUAACAUUUUAUUUUUAAAAAUCUACCUUACAAAUAGCUUUCUGAUAAUUUUGACGUAAAAAUGACUAGUUUUCAAGACAAAACUGCCGUUUUUUAUAACAUAAAAUGACCGAAACAUAAUCCAAUAUUAUCCACCUUGGAAAGCCUGUAAUUUCUAAUCAUAAUAUUAUACUUCCAAAUAUUUUUUGUUGGCAAGGGGAAAAUGGGUUUUUUGCACUGAAAAUGUCUUUUUGCACGCAAAACCGAGGGAAAACCAAAAAGCGCCGAAGUCCCUUUCGAAAAGAAAAAGAGAGAGUCGUGCGCGUCUGUGGUGUAAUGGUCAGCAUGGUUGCCUUCCAAGCAAUCGACACGGGUUCGAUUCCCGUCAGACGCAGAACAACUUUUUGGCUUUUUUAGAUUAAAAAUGUAGGGUUUUUUGUAUUUAUGUUGUAUCUAUGAUUAGAAAUCAUUAUGAACAGGACAUUUUUUUGUUUUUUUGUUGGGUUGUUGUUGAUUUUGGAGCUGUUUUUGAUAGAAAAUUUAGAGAUUUUAAAAAACUUUUCAGCAUAACGUAGUGGGACGACUGCUCGGAGUUAAGGGUCAAACCCUGAGGCUAAUUACAUCAAAAUACUCGUGCAAGAUUCAAGUAUACGGUAGAGGGUCGAAAGGUGGACCACAGAAUGAGAAAAAGUUUCAACGACAUGCCGGUGAUAGUCACUUUGAUCAGCCAUUACAUUGCUCAAUUAGCAUGGACGGGCCGGCAGGCACAGUGUAUCAACGAAUGGCCGAUGUGAUCACGUUGGUGCACAAAAUUUGCACUAUGGUGGGUUUUUUGAGGUAGAGAUAGGUUGUUUGAGAGUUUUUUGGCUUGUUGUUGAAUUUUUUUUUGAUUUUUAUAGAAAUGUUCACGGGGAGAGGGGAGGGGGGCCGCAUGUUGAUUUUUUAAAUUUGAAGGUAGUUGGCUUCUAAAAAUGUCAUUUUCAGACAGAAUCCUUUAGCUUCGAAGGAAUCACAAUAGAAUUAGGUCACCCGAACCCACCUCGUUCCGAUUACAACGAGCAGGGACAAGGCAAUCAGUAUGGCCAAGGCAAUCAUUACGGCCAAGGCAAUCAUUACGGUCAAGGCAAUCAAUAUGGCCAGGGGAAUCAGUAUAAUCAAGGAAAUCAGUAUGGACAAGGAGCUCAAUACGGUCAAGGAAAUCAGGAUAACCAAGAAAAUGGGUCUGGACAAGGACAAUCGGAUGAAAACGUUACGUCUGAAGGUUCGGGGGAAAGAAAACGAACACACGAGCAUACGACAGAAGCUGAAGAUGGACAGCCUGGACGUAGGGUAAGGUCUUUAGGUCUAAAUUAGCAAAAUACGAAAGUUUGUGAAAUAACUUUCCUUACAAAACAUAAAAUGGCAAGAACUUUUUUUACAAAACAAGAAAUGGCAAGAACUUUCUUUACAAAACAAGGAAUGGCAAGAACGUUCUUUGCAAAAUAAAAAAUGGCAAGAACUUUCUUUACAAAACUAGGAAUUGCAAGAACUUUCUUUACAAUAAAUAAAUUGUUUAAAUAACUUAUAUUUCGAUUUUUCAGCGAUCCCGCUUCGAACCGGUCCCUCCACCACCCCCUAACGGAAAUGACCAAGGAUUGGACAAGUCUGAGCCAUCGGAGCCCGAGGCAAUUGAAUCAACCGAAUAA